AUGGUGGCCAAAAUUUCAAGAGAAUCAAGCAGACUCAAGGAAAAUAAUUCAAGGAGGAUUCUCGAUGAAGCUUCAAGAAAAAGAAGAGCUAGAAAAGCUGUUGAAGCUUUGGAGCAAGAUAAUUUUCAUAAUGAUCCUCAUGCCGACCUUGUUAUGAGUAAAAAACUUCCCAAAUUCAAUGAUAAUUUGGAUUUAAAAACACGUCGAAGAAGAAAAAGUAAAAGCUCAGAAUAUUACAGGCAAAGGUAUCGUAAAACUUUUCAGCAAUUAGUCGAAGAAGAAAGUUAUUCAAAUUACGAAAAACCAAAUUAUAUAACGGCACAAGCUCCUCCUUCUGAAUUGCCAGAGAGACACUUUUGUGCUGUUUGCGGUUUUCCUAGCAACUACACAUGCAUUCCUUGUGGUGCCCGGUAUUGCUGUGUUCUUUGUUUAGGAACACAUUUAGAUACUAGAUGUUUAAAAUGGACUGCUUAG